UAUAUGCUGCGCUUCCUCCUGUGAAAAUGAAAUCCAUUUGCAUUUGUUUUCAAUACAUUUCGUGCAAAUCACCAAUCCACAUGAAUUUACGUGUUAUCGUGAAAUUUUGCGUUAUACAUUUACAAUGUGCGAUUAUUGCUCUUGGAUCGAUCAAAUUUUUGCGAGGAUCAAAACUGAAGCGAAACCGGACCGAAGGAAACGGCGUGUCUACGUAGACCCGGUUAUAGUAGUUCACGGUGGCGCAGGAAGGAUCCCACGGAAAAGACGUGAUUACAUGAUCUACGAGGUCAAAAAUGCAGCCAUUGAAGCGUACAGUCUUCUUAUCAAUGGUCGGUCGGCGGUGGACGCGGUGGAAAAAGCAAUUGUAUAUAUGGAAAGCAAACCACUUUUUAAUUGCGCGAAAGGGGGUUCCUUGGACAUUAAUGACGAAAUUGUGAUGGAUGCCGGUAUGAUGACUAGGAAGAAUGCUGGAUUCGUAGGCGCUGUUCGUGAUGUAGAACACCCAAUCUCUUUAGCGAGGAAAGUGUUAGAGAAAACGGAGCAUGUGCUAAUCGUUGAAACCGGAGCGCAAAAAUUUGCUUUAGAUCACGGAAUCCCGAUUCUACCGCCAGGCAGUUUAAACAUAUACGAGUCCAUGUCGAGUUUCGAACAUAUUACGUAUUGCGUAAACGAAGAAGAAUACGAAGGAGGUAGAUGGGAUGAUGACAUCUCGGAAAACAAGACAGAGUGCGAUUCAGAUUGUUUUAUAAACCGAUCUAUGGAGGGUGAAGCCUACCCUUAUUGCGUCCAAUCCAUCGAUUCAGAUUUAUGGGAUGAUUCGCUAAUUUUACAGGUCCAUUACUUUUACUUUCUAUUGUGAACCAAGAAACUUUUAAAUAUUUCCAUAAUUUUGAGAAAUAUGAAAAAACUUUAUCAAGCAAAACUGCUCAGUUUAAAGAAGCCUAAAACCGCAUUCCUAACAUUUUUGUUCGUAAUUGUGGCUAAUAGCAAUUUCUUAAAUUUUCUUUAUACAUUCUUUAAACAACUAAGUCUUCUACUACCUAAAAACAAAUCACGUUGAUUAGUUGAAGAUUAAAAAAGCUAUUGUGAAGUCACGAGCUCAUCCUGUAUAAUAUAUUAUUAAAAAACUUGCCUAUAUCAUUAGGCUGGCGCAGUUGGCGCGGUUGCGUACGAUCGAAAAAAGCGUUUCGCAAGCGGUACGUCGACAGCGGGAGAACCGGGCAAGCCGGUUGGCACCGUGAGCGCGAUCGGCACUAUAAUCGGUUGCGGAAUUUAUACAGACGAACACGGUUCCGUUUCCGUUUCUGGUAACGAAUCGAAUAUCUAUUGUUACGCACCAGCCAGGAGAAUCGUCAGAAAAUUAUCGGAGAACAGACCUAUAUGCAGCGCGGUGAAUACGGUGCUACAAGACUUUGAGACGACAACUAAAGAAUCUAACAUAGGCGCAGCUGCGUUGAACGCGAAGGGUGAACCUUUCGUAUCAUUUAAAUGUAUGCACUUCCCUUGGGCCUUCUGCCGGAAGGGCUACGUUUAUUACGG